CAUUGAUAAAUAGAUAAACCACAUUACAUUUGUCUUAAUCCGGUCGGAAUGAAUAUAAACAUAUGAAAAACUAGGAAAUAGAAACAACUAGUGAAAUUUGUUCUUAGAAGCGGACAUAUCUAGCAAAUAAAGAUGGAAAAGAUGGUAAAAGCAACAUUCCAUGCCGUGGAUUACAUUAUAUUCACUGUAAUUCUCUUAAUUUCGGCGGGUAUUGGUAUCUUUUAUGCAUGGCGAGAUAGAAAUCGCCAAAAUACGAAUGAAUUUUUACUAGGAGGGAGAAAAAUGCCUCUGCUACCCGUCACACUAUCAGUAAUGGCAAGCUUUUUGUCUUCCGUAUCGGUACUUGGAAUUCCAACGGAAGUGUUUUAUAAUGGUGCCAUCUACUGGGUAGGAAUAUUUUCUGGAUUACUCGGAUUUCCAUUCAUAGUUCACUUCAUCAUACCUGUGUUUCAUAACAUUGGAUGUGCCAGUUCAUUUGAGUACCUGGAGAUGAGAUUUAACAAACUAGUGAGAAUUAUUGGUUGCCUAGUUUUUCAGCUACAAAUGAUACUUUACAUGGCUGUAGUACUGUACGCACCAGCACUGGCUCUUAAUCAGGUUAUGGGAAUAGAUAUGUUGGUGUCUAUUUUGGUGAUCGGACUGGUCUGCACAUUUUACACAGCUAUUGGUGGACUAAAAGCAGUAAUGUGGACGGAUGCGUUCCAAAUGAUUAUUGUCUUUGCUGGGUUGAUGACACUCAUAAUCAAAGCCACAAUAGAAGUCGGUGGAAUAGCAAAGGUCUUCGAAAAAGCUUCAGCGGGUGGAAAACUAGAAAUUGAUAAUUUUGACCCCAGUCCUAUGGUGAGACACACGGUUUGGACACUUAUACUUGGUGGCUUCAUGACAGCACUGACAGUGUAUGGCGGAAACCAGGCUAUGGUUCAACGAUACGUCAGCAUGAAGAAUUUACGAGGAGCUCAAACUGCUUUGUACCUACAGUUACCAGCAAGUAUAGUAUUUACAUCACUGCUUGUUUACACUGGACUUGUCUUGUUUGCAAAAUAUGGAGACCAAAGUCCUGUGCCAUGUAUUAUUCCAAAAGCAGAUCAGUUAAUACCAUAUUUGGUAAUGGAUGUGUUAGGUAAUGCAUAUGGUGUACCAGGCUUGUUUGUUGCCUGUAUAUUCAGUGCAUCCUUAAGUACAGUGUCUUCCGGUGUCAAUGCUCUUGCCUUGGUAUUUAUGACAGAUAUCUUCAAACCAAUUUACAAGAAAAUAACUCUAACAGAAGUUAAUGAAAGUAAAGCAACAGUGUAUUCAAAAGUGGUUGCAUUAUUUUAUGGCCUAUUGACGAUUGGACUGGCAUUCCUGUCGCAGUAUUUUGGAACUCUUAUAUUACAAAUUUCCUUAAGUAUCUUUGGAAUGGUUGGUGGCCCGUUGCUGGCGCUUUUUGUGAUGGCUUUGUUCUUCCCGUGUAUAAAUUCACUGGGUGCUACUGUAGGAAUGAUAUGCAGUUUGACAUUUUCAUUUUGGCUGGCUAUUGGGACUAUUGCAAGUCGACCAAGUCCACCAACAUAUUCAUGUCCAGUGGAUACAAAUACCACUUUGACCAAUUAUACAACACUUUGGACAACAAACUAUACAACAGUAAGCACGACGACUGCUUUGUAUAACUCAUCUACAGCUAUUGAAAAUAUUCCAGUCGCUGCAGCUGAAAAGACAGGAUUACAGUCAUUUUAUAGUAUCUCCUACUUAUGGUAUAGUACACUGGCAGUUUUAGUGGCAGUAUCUGUAGCACUAUUGGUCAGCUGCUUUUCAGAAUGGAGGACGACAAAGUAUAUUGGUGGUACCAAGAAAAAGCCUGUUGAUAGAAGAUUAUUGUCACCGUUAUACCUCUGGAUAGCCUCUCUAGCAAAUACAUACAAUUCAACAGACUUAGAGAUGCAUAUAUUGAACAAAACUGAUUCAAAAGAAGGCUCUGAAGACAAGAUUAACGGUACUAUCAAUGAAAAUGGUUCGCAUACGGGAAAUGGAGAGAAAGCCAUCAUUAUAGAAAGAAUUCAAAACGGAGAGAAGACAGUUAUUGUAGAAAGGAGCGAACACUUAUAACUACAGUUGUAAAGAUUGAGCAGUCAGUGUUUAAUCAAAGAGCUGGAAUGAACAAACAGGACGUUGACGGAUAUAGCUGUACUUUAUAGUGACGACUAUCAGUGCUGAUACAAGUGUCAAAGACGUGAACUUUGUUAUAUCUGAAUAUGAACAUUUAUUGUCUGUUGUAACUGUGAUUCGUAUGUAAUUUGUGUCAUUUUAACAUCUCAAUGUUUUAAAAGGUUUGCUUUUAAUUUCACUGAGCUAUUUCAAGUGUAUAUGUCAGUGUUAAAUUUUCUGCAGCGUCUUAACACAAAAUGCAAUGUUUAUUAUUUAUUUACCAAACCUCAAUUUUAUAAAUUCUUUAAUUCACAUUCCGUUCAAAAGAUGGUUUAUAAUAGUGCCUUUAACAAAAGAAUUUAAUUCAUAAUCUCUAUUUAUAAAGCUCAUUGUGAAAAAUAUUACAUUUUUAUACAAUAUACACAUAUAUCAAAUUAACAAUUAUGAGUCUGAACAAAGAAUAUUGUUUCCCAGUCUAGAUAAAGAAGUCGAUAUCUGCAGAUUUUUUACCAUCGCAAUUCGAAGAAACAGUGCUAAAUAAAUGUAGACGAAUUUUAAAUCUAUAAUAGAUGAACAGUGGUGAAAUUAUAGUAAAGUCGAAUUGUAUGAUAUUGUACAUAAACUGAACAUAAUGGCAUAUUGGUUUGGUCAUAUAAUUCUGUUUUUAUGUCAAAGAACAUGACUCGUUUAAUUAGAGUAUCAUUAACAAUGACGAAAAGAAAAGGUAGAUAUUCAGAUGUGUAAUGAUGACCUACUUGGCACAUUUUGUACAUAAUUUAAAUAAUGUGCACAUUAUGUGCAGACAUUUCUUGUAGAUUAACAUCUAUAAAUUAUUCAGGGCUAAUAAUAUGAUUCAUUAAGUUUUAUCUGUAUGCUUUUAUGUAAUAUAUGAGCGCAAUUCUUUUACACUGUAAUACCGCAGUCCCACUAGUCUAUGAUCGCACUACAAUCUAUGAAAAAAUGCAAAUUUUGACGAUCGUAGUGCUAUCGUGCAGAUCGCAGUAAGGUCGUAAUACAGUCGUGGUUAGGUCUUUAAGAUCGUAAUGACCGUGGCCAACUUUGAACAUUUUCAAAACCAUCGUGAUGCGGUCGUGGCGAAAUCAGGUCGUAGUAGAAGCGUAGUGAGAGCUUAGUAAGGUCGUGGUAAAAUCGCAAAAAGAGCGUAGCGAGAGCGUAAUUCUAUUCGGAAAAACUGCGCUACGAUCUCUCAGCGACGUUAUAACGACCUUACUAUGACCAUCAAGUUAUCACUGCGACCCAAUUACGCUUCCACUACGAAUAUACCACGUUUACAUCACACUGUACAAGACAUUCGUAAGAUUCUAGCACGGGGGGUAACUCCCAAUUAUUGGGUAUACGGGGAUAUGCCAAAAAUAUGGGUCAUAAUUUUGCGGGAUUUUAUAUAAAAAUGACCCUCCUUUUUAAUGACAUCCGAUAUUAAAAUGCAUUUACGUUUGAAAACUGUAUAUUGAUUUGGGGUAUAAUCUACAUAUCAUAUAAAUAUGCUAUUGAGAAUCUAACAUUAUUAAUGGUCAAUUAUUAAUUUCACCUUUCAAAUAAGUUCCCAAAUGAACCCCGGAAAUUUGUCUCCUGAUUUGAUCUUCAAUAACAUUUCAACGUCAUAUUUUAAAUAUUGUAUAUAAGUAUAUGUCAUUCUUUCUUAAAUAUUUAUAUAACUAUAGGUACUAAAUUUCAGUAAAUGCUAUAUUAAAAUGGGUACGUUUUUUGAGGCAAAAAUGGCACACCCCUACCAAAAAUAUAUUGAAGUUACCCCCAGUGGAUUCUAGCCGUCUCCAUCACUUUCUUCUUACGACCUGACUAUGUUCAUACUACAACCAUCAUGCUCAUUGUCAUUUUCUCAUAAAAUAUACAAAUUCUCUCACUGUCUUGUUUGUCAGUAUGUUAUUUGGACCUCUUAUCCUUUUUCUCAAAAGGCUCAACAAUGCUUGACAUAUCUGUGUCAUUCUUGUUAUCGUUCACUCAAAUAUCGCCAUUUGAGCUUGAUGGACCAGCAAUAGGUGGUGAUUCAGGUUGGAUUUGUCGGCCCAACAUCUCUGCUGGAUCAGGAUUCGUUAUUAUCAGAACUCCCUCUGCCUAUUCAUCUACCCCUUCCUCCUCGCCCAUGUGUGAUGGUAUAUUUUGGUGUUAUGACUGUGCUGUUUCCGAGAAAUCUACGUAUUUAUCAGAAGUAGAAGGAAUGGAACAGUAUUGAUAUGGAAUUCGAUGUUGACGUUAUUGCUGAGAAAGUAGUAGGACCGCGGUAUGAACGUAGUAUAAUCAUGGUAAGAACGUGCUAUAAUGGCAAUAGAAGCGUGAUAUGAUCGUGUUGCAAUCGGAUAACUCGUGGUAUGGUCGUAGUGAGAUCGUGAUAAUCGUAGAAAAGGCGUGGUGAGAACGUGGAAUAAUAGUAGCGGGAUCGGUAAAGAGGCGUAAUGAUGAAGUAGUAUCAUCGUGAAAAC